AUGUCUCUAUCUUCCAAGCUAAGUGUCAAGGACGUCAACGUCACCGACAAGCGUGUCUUCAUCAGAGUCGACUUCAACGUCCCAUUGGACGGUGACAAGAUCACUUCCAACCAAAGAAUCGUUGCUGCUUUGCCAACUAUCAAGUACGUUCUAGAACACAAGCCAAAGGUCGUCGUUCUAGCUUCUCACCUUGGCAGACCAAACGGUGAACCAAACAAAAAAUACUCUUUGAAGCCAGUCGCUGCUGAGCUUGAGAAACUUUUGGGCCAAAAGGUCACUUUCCUAAACGACUGUGUUGGUCCUGAAGUCACCAAGGCCGUUAACUCUGCUGCCCCAGGUUCCGUCAUUUUGCUCGAGAACUUGCGUUUCCACAUCGAGGAAGAAGGUUCUAAGAAGGUUGACGGACAAAAGGUCAAGGCUGACAAGGCCGACGUCGAGAAAUUCAGAAAGGACUUGACCUCUCUAGCCGACGUUUACGUCAACGACGCUUUCGGUACCGCUCACAGAGCUCACUCUUCCAUCGUUGGUUUCGACCUAAAGGAAAGAGCUUCCGGUUUCUUGUUGGCCAAGGAAUUGCAAUACUUCGGUAAGGCUCUAGAGAACCCAACCAGACCUUUCUUGGCCAUUCUAGGUGGUGCCAAGGUCGCCGACAAGAUCCAAUUGAUCGACAACUUAUUGGACAAGGUCGACAGCAUCAUCAUCGGUGGUGGUAUGGCUUUCACUUUCAAGAAGGUUCUAGAAGGUACCGAAAUCGGUAACUCUAUCUUCGACAAGGCUGGUGCAGAAAUCGUUCCAAAAUUGGCCGCCAAGGCCAAGGCUGCUAACGUCCAAAUUGUUCUACCUACCGACUUUGUCUGUGGUGACAAAUUCGCCGCAGACGCCAACACCAAGGUUGUCACCGACAAGGAAGGUAUCCCACAAGGUUGGGAAGGUUUGGACAGUGGUCCAGAAUCUAGAAAGCUUUUCGCUGCUGCCGUUGCAAAGGCUAAGACCAUUGUCUGGAACGGUCCACCAGGUGUCUUCGAAUUCGAGAAGUUCGCUGAAGGUACAAAGGACUUGUUGAACGCUGUUGUCAAGGCCUCUGAGGCUGGUAACACCGUUAUCAUCGGUGGUGGUGACACUGCCACUGUCGCUAAGAAGUACGGCGUCGUUGACAAGAUCUCUCACGUCUCUACUGGUGGUGGAGCCUCUUUGGAAUUGUUGGAAGGUAAGGAAUUGCCAGGUGUGACCUUCUUGUCCAACAAGCCAUAA